AUGUCACCUGACGUCGUGUCGAUUAUCCGGGAUAUUGCAAUUAUCGUGAUGGCAAUCAUGGUUGCCGUGGCGGCGGUGGCGCUCACCGUCGUGACGCUGAAAAUAUACCCGAAGGUGAAGCGGGCAGCGACCAAUUUCGAAGCUUCUUCGUGCCUGAUGCUGGAUACCGCUGCACGGAUCUCCAGCCUGGUGGCCGCGGGCAGCGAAGUGGGCGCGUUCGUUUGGGACUUGGUCACCAGGCUGCGCGGUCGCGGUGAUGACAAGUCGGAUGAUGCCGGCAACUCGCCUAGCUGA